CUUGGCGAUUUUACUUCCUCUCGGUAAAUAUGGCGAAGGUGAAUGAGGAAGACAACCUUAUGUUUGACAAACAACUGUUGAAAGGCAUUGACCUCAGUGAAGGAGAGUGUAGAUUGCAUGAGUGCGGUUUAUCAGUGGAAAAUCCUGGUGAUAAUUUGAUUUUGAGACCUUUAAGAGCUGAUGAUUAUGAUAAAGGUUUCUUGCAACUUUUAGGUCAGCUUACUAAGGUUGGAGAAGUGACAAAAGAAAAGUUUUUAGAACGCUUCCAUGCUAUGCAGUCUUGUCCUGGCACAUAUUAUCUUAUUGUAAUAGAGGAUGUAAAACUAGCAAAACUAGUUGCAUGUGGAACACUGGUUGUAGAACAGAAAUUCAUCCAUGACACAGCUGUGAGAGGUAGAAUUGAGGACAUAGUUGUUGAUGGCAGUUGUAGAGGAAAAAAAAUUGGAAAACUGAUUGUUGAGACACUGAUUUUACUUGGCAAGAAAUUAGGAUGUUACAAGAUCAGUCUGGAGUGUAAAGAUCCCCUGUUGACUUUCUACACACAAUUUGGUCUCAAACAUGAAGACAAACAGAAUUACCUUUGUAAAAGAUUCUUUCACUGACAACAGAAGAUCAAAUCAUGGCUUUUAAUUUAUGUUUAUUGAAUGUCAUAUGGCCAUGGGUGGUUUAAAAUCUAAAGUAAUUAUAAAUUAUAUGUGAUCAAUGAGAUCCAAAACUAUUUCUAUCAAGUAUAUAUUGUUGCACAAGUUUAGAGCACUUUUUUAGUUGGGUGUUGCAAAACCCAGCAAAUAAAGUACAAUCACUAUGUCCAAUCAGAACAGGAGCAAAUGUCACAAUGAGCCAAAAGGACCCAUAAGGAAAAAAACAAAAAAGAAGUCCCAAAGGGUGGGAAGUGGAAGUGAAUAAUGUGCUUGUGGUUUAGGUUUUUAAGUUUUUUUUUUUAAUGUGGUAAAGUAAAAGUGAUUUCAAUCUGGGAUUAGAUUGAACACUUAAUUGGAAAUUGCCAUGUAGUCUCUACCUCAAGAGAUGGUUUACAUUAUCAUAUGGUGUGCUUAGUUGUAGCCUUUUGAGGAAGUAUAAUAUUGGUAUUGUAACAAAGGUUGAUCUUUCAUUACGAAUUGAAUUGUGUGUUGAUCAUAAGCAUCACAGUGAUCUUAAAAGGGUACCUGGCAAUUUUAGGGGUUGAUCAGUUAAUGAGAUAUAAUUUUUAAUCACUUCAUAAUACUCAGACCUAUGGAUAUGUUCACUACUUGUCAGGAACAAAAAUUUUUCCGACGGCAGGAUCGCAUGCUACUACUCUACUACUCUAAAAAUUUUGGGUAAAAGGGGUGGGGAGGGGGGCGCUUUUUCGAAAGAGGGCGCUUAAUCAAGGGAGCGCAGCAAUAAGACAAAAAAUUAAGAGAAUAUAUAAUACCUAAAAAAAGAAACUCAGCGAGCACAAUGAAAUACGAAUAUCUGGAAGUGACUAACGUAAAAGAAACUAUCCUCCUUUACCUACACCACUAUCCUGCUACUACAGUUGAAGCUUAACAAGUUAUAAAUGAAUUGGCCCCAGUAACAGGUUGUCCUUGUGACCUUACUAUUUAAGAAAGUGAAGGAGGGUUUCGAUACCAGCACUAACGAUUGAGUUUUAUCACUAACGAUUAAUAUAUUUGGCACGAGAGGCUUCCCAUAAGUUGUAGGAACUUUUUAAGCUUAUUUACAAGUAAUCAGAGUUGACGGACAUCGAGACACCGAAUAACUUUCUCCUGGUGUCAAGGGUACGCUGAUCAGACUCUAGAUCUGAUUCAUAAUUACCUACGGUAUAUUGUGUGACCAUAAGAAAAUGGUAACUUGUAGAUGUGUCUGAGUUUUCUUCGCAAAAACACUCUCUCUUGAUGACAAGGGCACACUGGUACAUGCUGAUUCACAAUCACUUAGGGAAUAUUGUGUGACCACAAGAGAAUAAUAACUUGCAGCUGUCUCUAAGUGUUUCUUGCGAAACA